AUGCCCGUCGAGAACCAGCAGCCCAUCAGUGAGCCCGCCGCUGCUAUGCCCGAGGCCGCCGCCCGUACUAGCACUGAGCAGCCUCCUUCUAUCGAAACAUUGCUGGCAGCGAUUCGAUGGGUGGGAUCACUGUUUCUCCCAGAGGCAGCAGCCAUUAGGCGGGAGCUCUACGACACGGUUUAUCAAAGAAUAUACGCCGCAGAUACUACCUCGGAUGGCUACCUCGUUCAGGCAAUGCUACUCCUCAUUGUGGCGUUGGACGGUGGCUGUGAACAAGACAAAGCACGACAACUACUCGGAGACGUGGAAACCAUUGCGAUACAAAUAGGACUACACACGAAAAACUUUUCCAUUGUAAAUGGCCGCGGAAUUCCGAUUCUGGAGGAAAGUUGGCGGCGGACGUGGUGGGAUCUGUUUAUCGUUGACGGCAUGAUUGCAGGCGUCCACCGCGUCACCAACUUCUUACUCUUCGAUAUUCCCACAGACGUUCCUUUGCCAUGCGAGGAGCAUCAAUAUCUCUCAGGAAACAUCCCACCACCAAUGACACUCGAAGAGCUUGAAACGCGCGACUUUAGUGGCGAAGACCGGGAAUUUUCAUCCUUUGCAUACCGAAUUCUUUCUGGAAGAACACUAGGAAAGUUUAUGCGCACGCCACCAUUCUACGGACCCGAAGACGAAAACGUAGCGCGUAUCGAGGCGCUGCUCACCAACUGGCGACUACACCUCCCACAAAACAAGCGCGACGCUUUGCAACACAACGGCCAACUAGACGAGAUGAUGUUCCAAGCUCAUAUGAUGAACCAUGCCACAUCGAUUCUCCUCCACCAGCAAUUUUCACAGAUCGAUUCGUCGUCGACACAAUCAAUCAAUUCUUGCGCCCCGUAUCAGAUGGUGCCCGCUGGGGGUGGCGACCUCUUUAACGCACACACCAAGCACACCAUUGCUGCAGCCUCGGAAAUUAGCAAACUUAUAACGCACAGGGUCCCUUUGCUCUCACAUACGCACUUUUUCACAUGCGUGGUGACGCUGUCAUCGAUUGUACACCUGUCGAGGUGGUCGCUCUUCUGGAUGGCCCAUGACGACACCGAUCUUCGAGAACAAAUACGACUCAACGUCGGCGCCCUAAGUCACUUAUCUUCGGUCUGGAGAGCAGCUUCAAACGCAUGCGGACAAGUACGAUCUGUUGCCCAAGAAAUUUACCGCGUCAAGAAGCAGCAGCAGAGCAACUCGGAGUAUUGGCUCGGAUUCACACCAGACGCCAUGAUUAACAGCAUCGCGGUAGACGACUCCAUUAUUGGCGACAUUGAACGAAUAAGCGGCCAAAACAAUACCAAUGCGCCCCAAUAA